AUGAAAAGCGUAGACUUUGAAAUGAAGCUUGUAGAAAGGUAUGGGACUGGAGUGAUUCCAAAGGAAGACAUCGAAAGUGUGUUGAACGAGGCGAUCGAGAACAACGUCAUAGAGAAGGAUGAGGUGGGGAGAUGGGAAAAGGAUGAAGAGUACACAGUAUCGAGAUUUCUCAGGACGAUAAGAAAAUGGAGAACAGACUUCUUGAAGGACUCAUUCAGCAUAAAUGACAUUUCCUGUAAGGACGAGGGUCGUUGCGGAGACAGGUACUUGGAUGAAGGAGAGUUCAAAGGAUUGGAGUGCCAUGAAGAACCAAACGUCAAUGAUUCGUUUGUGACAACCGAUGAAGCAUUUCUCUCCUCUCUUCGGGACAAGACCAAGAUAAUUACAUCGCGAAGAAACAACAAUGGGAAGAAGAUUGUGAGGGAAGUCCUGAGGGCAUGGGGGGAAUACGAAAAGCUUCCGACAAAAAAGAAGAGCUACGGAUGGUAUUUUCUUGUACUGCUGGUUGUUCCUGUGUACUUCUUGUAUGUACAAAAGCCAUUUUGA